GACUCAGCAGAGGCUGGGCUCUCUCCCACGACGAAACGAGCGGCCCACGAAAAUUUCGCCGCGCCGCGGCCGCAUCGGAGCCCUAGCCCAGCCGCCGGAGUCCGGCGCCAGCGGCGGCGAGGCGGCGAAGUGCGGGGGAGGGAGAUGUCGGUGCGGAUCAAGGCGGUGGUGGACAGGUUCGUGAAGGAGCUGCAGGAGGCGCUGGACGCGGACAUCCAGGAUCGCGUCAUGAAGGAGCGGGAGAUGCAGAGCUACAUCCAGGAGCGGGAGCGCGAGGUCGCCGAGCGGGAGGCCGCCUGGAAGGCCGAGCUCUCCCGCCGCGAGGCUGAGAUUGCGCGGCAAGAGGCAAGGCUGAAGAUGGAAAAGGAGAACUUAGAGAAGGAAAAGAGCGUGCUCAUGGGCACUGCUUCGAAUCAGGACAACCAAGACGGUGCCCUCGAGAUCACUGUUAGCGGUGAAAAGUACAGGUGCCUUCGUUUCUCUAAGGCAAAGAAAUGAGAUAUGAACUUAGGCAUCGAGAAGUAGUUGUGUAAGACAGAUUCAUGGUAAUGGUAAAACCUUAUUUUGUUUCAAAUUGGAUUCUUUUGUACAGGGAAUUCUGAAACGUGCGUAAACUCAGUAAAAUAUCCAUAGUAGUUUGGCUACAUGCCUUUCAUACUUUCAUAUUUGUAUGCAUUUUGGGGGUAGUUCCCUUAACAGCUGCAAUCAGGUUAAGAUCAUGGAAGCUUGCUUUGCCAGUU